UGACAAUUCAGUUACGUUUUCACUUCGAAACCGGUGACAUGUCGUUGAUAUUAUAACGAAUAGUUUUCUUAUUAUUAUAUUUCGAUUUGUUUAUUUAUUACAGAAACUUAAGUUAUAUACUUAAACUUAGCGUAAGAACUUUAUACUAAAAACAUUCAUCCGAAAAUGUGUAGUGACUAAACCGUGCCAUUGUAGUUUGAAAUAAGUUUUUGCAGUUACAUUUCUGGGAAAUUUGGAUUUUAUCAUCUUUGGUUUUGGAUGUAAAUCCAUCAUGUGGCUUAUAUUGAUGCUGGGUGUGGUGACGAGCGCGUCAAGAGUGCUUGCCGCCGGCUACUGCUCCACAAACACAUUCCCAACGAACACGUCUUCGAUGCACUUCAGCAAGGAACCGAUCUCAUACGAAUAUGGUUUCCAGGACAAGUUCAAGAGUAUUCACUGCUGCGUCAAAGGAUACAGGAGCAUCGAGUGGUUUAAAGAUGGUGUAGCGUAUCCUUGGUCUGCGGGUGUGUCCAACUUAAUCCUGUAUCCUGAAGCGGCGAAUCAGACGCUGUACACGAGACGCGCCGCCCGCGCUGACUCCGGAAACUAUACCUGCCGCCUCAGCAAUGAGACGCACAGCGAGACGCAUACAGUCAGAUUAGAUAUCUUAGAAAAACCAACGGAUGCGCCGAAAACAAUGUUUAUUUCGAAGGACCAGUGGGUGGAGGAAGGGACCGAACUCCGGCUUUUCUGCGAAGCGCUGAUCGGUCGAUCGUACCUGGCGGAUGCUAGAAGCGACCUUCGUUGGUGGAAGGUGUGGGCAAAUGGUACAGAAGGCGAGCUUUUACUUACACAGAACGAGAUCAAAACUACAAGAGAGGACGUGAAAGACAUAAUCGGUUCCUACCUCAGCAUAAAGCGGGUGUCCGCGCAGGACUACGGCACGUACGUGUGCGUCGUGCACAGUAAUGACGUCGUCUCUAGAAACUACGUCACCGUGCAUUACAAACACAGCUCCGCGACGGGCGAGGCGCCGUGGUGCGGCGGCGCGGAGGUCCCGUGGCGCGCGCUGGCGCUGGGCGGCGCGGCGGGCGCGCUGCUGCUGCUGUCGGUGCUGGCGUGCCACCGCCGCUGCACGCCGCGCCUGCUGCUCGCCGCGCGACACGCCCGCGCGCGCGCCGCCACCGCCGCGCACCGCGCCAGAGUGCUAGAGAAGGAGUUCGACGUGGUGGUGAGCUGGACGGCGGUGGACGGCGAGCUGGUGCGCGGUGCGCUGCUGCCCACGCUGGCCAUCAAGUACAAGUACCGCGUGCACGCCGUCACGCUGUCCACGCAGCCCGACCACUGGUACAGUGAGCUGGUCGGCGAGGUGACCCGUGGCCGCUCGCUGGUGGCGGUGCUCUCUCCCGCUCAGUACACUCCGCAGCAGCUGCUCACUGCGCUGAGACAAUUGCGAGCCCUACCAGUGCCCCCUGUCGUCGUUCUGCUGCAGGAUCUGCCAAAGCUGAAGCGCGAGGCGAAGGACGCGGGGGAGAGCCUGGUGGAGGUGCUGCGGCGCACGCGGCUCGUGGCGUGGCGACACGUGCACGAGCGCGCCUUCUGGACCGCGCUGCGCCUCGCGCUGCCGCUGCCGCCGCCCGCGCACCCGCAGCCGCACGCCGCGCUCGCACGGGAGGAAAAAUCGAAGACGAUUGAAUCGGAGGAGAGCAAAAAUUCUCGUUCGGGAAGUCUGACGGCGCUCGUGUGAAACACCGCGGCGAAGACUUCGUCCCAGACUCGUGCACAGCUCUGUAAAGAAACGAGGCAGUUAUGAAAUGUGUAUAAAAUAGUGAUAGUGUGUGACACUGGACAAGAGUACGUUGCGUGGUUUUCAUAAUGAACAUCUGUGCCGCCAAUAGUAUGAAGACUGUGAGUAGAUAUUAGUUAUAGAAACUUUUUGAUCACAUUAAUUGUAUUUUUAGUUAGUUAUGUAAAUUGACUUGAAAUCUGUAUACAGUUUUCUAAGAUCUCAGUAUCUUCUUCUCUCAUACUUACGAACUACUUUCCAUUCUCUUUCUCUUUCUUGUGCCAAAGGGAAAUUGCAAACAUGACAAUUAAUAUUUAAAUGUUUGGUUGUAUUUUAUUUAUUUUAUUUAUGUUUAUGCAUAAUUUUACUAUCGUAAAGAAAAUGAGUAUUAAUUUAAUAAGUUUUUCUGUCCAUUUCGUAUUUCCUAGUAUCGUUAAUUUUUAAUUUAAUUUCUUAUAUAAUGUCCAAAAUUUAAAAAAAAAACGUGACGGUUUUGAGGUCUGUGAUAAUCGAUACGUAGAAUAGACAGCAGUGUGUGAAGUCGUUGUUCUAUAUUUAAAAAUAUAAUCUAUGUUACCGGAUAAUUUUAAGCACCGUCCGCUUAUAAUAAUAAAACAAAUCUAGCCAGAUUGUAAACUGUCGAAAAUUUAUGUACGACGCAUAUUGUUUUUUUUAUACAACGGAUCAAUUUCAGUUAAAUUAUAAACACACUUACCUUUUUUUAUCGAUGGAAAAACGCGUUACGCGUUUCCCCCACGGGAACAAUGGGGGGGUAUGUGGGGCUCGCCGGUGUCUAAGGCGCCGAGUGCGCCCCGAACAUCGGAAUACCCACUAAAAAACCAGCGGUACCCUUUCCGUCUUGACGAGGAGCGCCACGGUAUCGCUUUCACAUGCUACCGUGACGCUCUGAUGCAUAAACACACUGACCUAACUUAACCUGAUUAGAUUAUAGACUGUCGAUAUUAUGUACGUUUUAUUGUAAAUUGAAUCGGUUAACAAUUUUUCAACCGUUAACAAUCUGUCUUAAUUGAUUCCAUCCUAACGGUCCUUUUAAUUUAACGGUAAUAUAAAUAUACACUAGAAAAUCUUAAAGAAUAUAUAAACUUUAAUAUAUUACAACACUUAAGCUAUCACGCAGUUGGUCGUUUCUAGAGGAAAACUACUUUUAUAUAAUAAUAAUAAUAAUCGAAUUUUGUAAAUCUUUAAAUUAAUUUAAACGACUGAAUUAUAUUAUGUAUAAUUAUUAUCUUUAUAAUGAAAGUCCUCCAUUGAAAUUUUGUAAAGGCUGUUAUAGCAUUUUAAUUUAAUACUGUCUAAUUUUAAACAAUAAAUAUUACUUCUAAACACACUGCCGUUUCGAAGUCUUGCAUGUGUUUGUUUGACUGUAAAUUGUUGCAUAGUAUUUUCCCACAUUAUAAUGUGUAUAGUUUGUAGGACCAGUAGUUCAUCUCUUGUAGUAUUAUAUACUCAUUACAUUCCAGAUUUUUUUACAAUAAUCUUAAGCUAAUAUAAACUUAUUGUAUAAAAUUAUAUAAACUUCAAAAUAAAAUGAUAAAAAGCUA